AAAAGAGAUAUCCUUUUCUAGGAGCGUCAUUCUGUGUACGAUUGUUGAGAUGAUCGGAGCGUAUUCUAUUCCAUCCUGCCAAAGAAAAUUCUGGAUACGACAUGGCGAAGCCAGUAGAACACACCGGGCGGAAUACGCAAAAGAAAAGCUAUACAGUGAAGUACUUGACACAUCAGCCAAUUUUUGAAGAAAGGAACAAGCAAACUGAACCGAUCAACACGAUUGAGACAGAAACAACACGCCAGGCGGCGGUUGAGAGUAUUGCCUAUUCACGUGAGAGAAAUGGGCAAAAUGAACCGGCAUCAGUUUACAAGCGCAAACAAGCGAUACGCCAACCGGGAGUUGAAAUGGCUAUAGGCUCCAACGAGAAUAAUGGACGAGAAGAAUCCGCAACAGCAAUGAUCGAAGUUAUUGAUACACCAUCGGAAUGUAGAGAAGCGACAACAGCAACGGCGAAUAAACAGAGGAAGUUGAGUAAAAUGAAGGAAUUAUCUCGCGAGCUAGCAGCGGAGAAAUCAAGGAACAUUCAAUUGUUGGAAGAACUCCAACGAAGCAAACGAGCGAUGGAGGAACUCGAACGAAACAGGCAAAUAAAUGAAGAAGUCAACGCUAGCCCAGCCGGCGGGUCUAGGUUUGAAUACGAACAGGAUAAUCGUUUUUCCAGCACCCGGAGAGCACAAGGUGUUUCAAGUCAGGAAGAGUCCAGGUUUUACACGUCUAUUAAUCAGCUCUCCAUUGCCUCGGUCAGCAUCCCAGAGUGCAAGCCAACAGAGGACGGGGAAAUUCACCGACAAUCGUUUGAAUCAUGGAAAGACCUUUUAGUGGACUCCAUGAUGCUAGCCGGAGUAGCGGAUGAAGUCACAAUGUUUAGGAUUUUCAAGGUCAAAGCUGGCGCACAGCUUCUUGAAAUAUUCAAAAAUACCAAGUCAUCGGAGGAAGAUCCAAAUCCUGAGUACUUUCCAUUCACAAACGCGAUAUCCAGGCUUAAGACAUACUUUGGAUCAGGAUCUGACGUAAUGCUAAUGAGGCGUAAAUUGGCACUACUGACGCAGAAGCCGAAUGAAUCUGACUUAUCGUACAUAACUCGAGUCGGACAAUGGCUCGAUUGUGUGAAUUUGAUAGUACGAAGGAGUUCGAGCAGAUUGUCGCGACCGUAGCCGAGCACGCUACGAAUAGAGAAGUGCGCACGGCUUCACUGAAGAUGUUGAGCCGAAAUCAGUGUUUCACAGACCUCGUCGACAAAGUACGGGAGAUCGAAGCAAUUAAAUUAAAUGAAGAAUUUGUGAAGAAAAAAUACGCAGCUCAUGAGCCAACGAUGGUUGCAUCCGUUAGCGCAUCAUUUCCGAAGAGCAACAGCCGGCAUUUCGAUUAUAUGCCUCAGAGAUCAAUCCAGAACUACGGUAACAGCUCCAGAGGAGGUUUUCGAGCACCCAGAGGUAGGCAGUUCCAUGCUAGUCGAGGUCUUCCCUCACGAUCAAUGCGAUGGGAUAAAUGCUGGCGAUGUAAUAGCAUUUAUCAUGAAGCACAUACUUGCGGCCACAAAGACAAGAAAUGUAAUUAUUGCGGAAUUCUUGGACAUAUCCAACGAGCAUGUCGAUCACGAGGUAACGCUUCUGGUAUGAAGCGACCAGCAACAGAGUCAUUCGAGAGUACGCCACAGAAGAUCGCCAAAAUUGAUGAAUUGAAAGACGAGACGGAAGCUGUUCAACCAGUAAGUGAGCCUGAUGAUUAACUAUUUCUUCAUUUUUAUUGUUAAAACCUAAAAGAAAAAGAUAAAAAUUAAUAACAAAUAGCAUAAAUGUUGAGUUAAUAAUUUAAAAAAAAAUGGUAAUUAAAAAAAAAAGAAAAAAAAAGUAUAAUAAAAAUGAAAAAAAAAGAAA